CUCUCUUCCUGUCUCUGGUGUCCACGUCCCCGUGCUCUCCUACCGGCUGCGAUGUGUUACGCGCCCCUGCUUUAGAAAAAAACAGAGAAGGAAAACUUCAUAGAAAUGGCGGAGGGUACUACGACUCUCAAAGGCUUGCGAGCCCAAAUGGCUGCAGCUGCACAGGCCCAAGCCGAGGAGCGGCGCAGCCUGGCAGAUAACAGCCCAGGACCUACAACCAACGCUCCAGCUAAACCUCAGGGGAAUAGGCCAGUCAUUGACGGUGCUGCACUUAGAAUAGACGACCGACUGCGAGUGGCAAAAGAGAGGCGAGAGGAGGCAGAGAAACAGCAGGCUUUGCGAGACUCUCAUAUCAUGGAUCGGGAGCGCAAGGCCAAGAUGCAAGUGGAGCGGCAGGUGGAGGAGCGACAGAAAAAGCUUGACGAACAGAAAAGAAAGGAGGAACAGAAAAGAUUGGCUGUGGAGGAGAAGAGGAAGCAGAAACAGGAAGAGGAAAAGGAGCACUAUGAGGCAGUGAUGCGGCGGACUUUAGAGCGCAGUCAGCGUGUGGAGCAGAGACAGAAAAGAUGGUCCUGGGGGGGGCUGUCCACAGACUCAGAUGGACGGACAGGAGACUCUGAUGCCGGUGCCUCCUCUCCAGUAACUAUAGUUAUCUCCCCUGCCUCGCCAGAAAAGCCUCCAACGAGUCGACAAGUUGACAAGCGCUCCACAUCCACCAUGAACCUGAAACAGAUGUCCGAGCCUGGCAUCAGUAAACGCCUAUCCUCCUCCUCUGCCACCCUUAUAAAAUCUCCCGACAAACGUGUUAAGCAGAGGAGUUCGUCUUGUAACCGGUUGCCUAACAAUGGCAAUGCUGCUCAGGCCAGUAAGGAAGACGGCAAAAAGCUUCAGGUGGAACCGACAGGCCGUUCCCUCAAGAAGAGAAGUUCCUCCCUCACACGAGUAAGUGCGGGCAGAGCACAGACUCCUGCCAAGCCUGAUAAGGGGACAACGGAUAAUCAAGCUCGCAAGGCAGCGGUCGGCACUGUGGACGGAGGGGUCCUUAGUCGCCUGCUCACCCCCACCCAGGCCUCACUAGCUAGGAGCAAGAGCGCCGCCGCCCUGUCAGCUGAAGGAACAAAUGCUCCAGAGUGUCACCUGUGUCCUCGCUCAGCCUCUGCCAGUCCCCUGAACCCACCACGGGGGGGCCCCGUGCGCAGCCGCAGCAUUGACCGGCAGAAGAGCGGCAUGACCACCUCGGUGUCGGCCGACGGAGCCCUCGACCCUUCAAUGAAGGACAAGACGUCUUCAUCGCCUGGAGGGCAACGUCCCGCCUCCCCAUCUUCUACCCUGGGACGCAACCGCUCACCAUCCCCGGCCCCCAUCCCGGCCCCAAAGAGGACCCCCUCCCCGGCCCCCAUCCCGGCCCCAAAGAGGACCCCCUCCCCAGCAUCCAAGCAGAAUUCCAAGACGCGCCCGCCCUCACCAGGUGCGAUGAAGCAGCGCCCCCCGUCCCCCGGGUCUUCGUCAGCCAAACCUCCACCUAUCCAGAAACCAGCACUCACUCCAACAGGGCCCGCCACCUUGAGAAAGAGAGACUCCAAAUCCAAGGAUAUGUGUCCUGUCCUGGCUGUGUCUCCUCUGCCCUCUGAGUCCAGCAAGAGCAAAGAGAAGGACGACUCUAAAGGCUCGACGGGCACUAACUCUGCUGCCGAGGCGGCAAAGAUCCUGGCGGAGAACCGGAGAUUAAUGCGAGAGCAGAAAGAGAAAGAGGAGCAGCUCAGGUUACAGAGGGAGGAAGAGGAGAAGGUGAGAAAGGAAGAGGAGAUGCGCUUAGCGGAGGAGGCCCGUCUGAUACGCCUGGAGGAGGAGAAGAAACUUGAAGAGGAGAAGAAAAUCAAAGACGAGGAAGAUGCUCUUCUAGCUGAGGAGGAGCGGGUGAAAAUGGCCGAAGAGGAGGCGGUGAAACAGGCCGAGCUGCAGAAGGAGCGGGAGGAGGCCGAGGCGAAGGCUCUGGAGGAGGCCGAGAGGGUCCGUCAGGAGAGAGAGCGCGUCAUGCAGCAGAACCAGCAGGAGCGCAUGGACAGGAAGAAGAGAAUUGAAGAGAUCAUGAAAAGAACCAGAAAGGGGGAGAAGAGCGAAAAGGGUGAGGCAGGAGAGGAUGAUGAUGAGGAUGAGGAUGAUGAGGAUGAUAAACAGGAGGAUGAAGAGGACGAUGAAGAGAGAGAGGAGGAAGAGGACCAGAUAAACUGUGAAACUCAGAGCCAGGACGAGGACAAAGCCGAGUGUGAUCUGUCCUCCGAUGAGCCGGCGGCGGAGCGAGAGGUGCCGCUGGGCAGCGUGAACGGGAAACCAGAGACAGACGACAAGGAGAAUAACAACGGCAUGAGCACAGAGGAGACUCAGGCAGUGAGUCCCGUUCCUAAGGGCCGCCUGGUGGAGGGCUCGGAGUUCCUGAAUGAGCAGGACUCCGCCAAGGUGGGCUUAGUCUCAGGUCUGAACGGUAAAUCCAACCAGUGGAGCUUCGAGGAGCUCAACGACCUCAACGUCCACUCCAAGACUCGGCCCCUGAUCCAGGCGGAGGACUGUAAGCAGGUCCUGAUCAGCUGUGACGGGAGCUCGGAUGGGACCAGGGUGGCCUUCGAGGACAAGGGGACCCCCGUCAACCCCCUGCAUUCCUCUAACCAACCAAUAGAAGCCCUGUCAGAGAUUUGAUGCUGCAGCCAUCGCUAAGACGCCUCUCUCUGUUGCACUCGUAAAGUUCCUGUCCAGCUGAGCUCCUUCAAAACAAAAAAACGGCUUCCUCCUCUCUCUCCUCCUCCUCUUCCAGAGCGAGGAGCACAAGGAGAAGCGGAAAGACCACCCCAAGUGCUACAUUUGCACCCCACAUUAUGAGGAAACAAAUAUAUUAAAAUGAGAUAUAUAUAUUAAAAGAAAACAACGUUAUGCUUCAGGGAAAUUCCAUAUAUUCCUUCAACGUGCUCGCUUCAGGUCUCUUUCCUCUUCCUCUUGUGGUUAGUUCUCAAAGUUUUUUUUUUUUUUUUCUAUGUUGUGUCUAAAUUUGAUGAUGUUUUUUUUAAGAGUUGUGUCUUUGUCAGGGGUGCAUUUGUUGUAAUUUAUUAAUUUUGGCUUUGUUGUUAUUGUAAUUAUUACCUAUGUCUAGUCUUUUUGUUCUUUUCUCUUGUAUGAGAAUAUUCCAGGACACAUGCACACUCGGCUGCGUGAAUUGAACAGAGUGACUUAAAGGAGGAAAGGUUCAAACAUUCUGUUCUGUCGGGGGUUUGGUGGGGAAAGCAUCCCAGGUUUCACGUGUGAUUCGUCUAAAUUUACUUGACCGGCUGCUCUUUGCAGGAUCCAAUAUGGCCUUAAUAUUUCCUCAACUACUAAUUUUGAAUUGUGAAUAUACUAAAUUGCUUGCGCUGAAGCUCAUUCAUGCACAGUUAACUCUGUCAUGUGCUUACACUUGAAAGUAGACCCUGCAUUCAUACUUCAUUUUGCCCCCAUUGUCCUGUCUCCCGGUGUGUUUCCUUAUUUGGCCACUAGGCGGCGCCUGGAGCUCCAUCUGUUACAUUUGAAGCUGAAUAGUGUUGAGGUUCACUCGCAGCACUGUAGUGAAUUUGGUUGUUUGUUCAGUGAAGUUUCUGCAGUUUGUUUCUCAUUUAGGGUUCGUUAAGGUUUUGUUCAUUUUUACAUAUGUACAUAGAAUUUAUGUUUACGAGCGACAUUGUAAUUUACAUCAGAUAUGAGUUGCAUCACAUUUUAGUCUCAUCUCCUGCUUGAAUACCCAUAACUGCAACAUACUAUCUUAGCAGUGGAAGUCCAUUCGUUUCAUUCAUGGCUACCUCUGAGCCUCUGAGGUGGUUUGUGUUUGUUACUGAAUUGAACCUUGAAUAUUUGUCUGAAACUACAAAUGAGGUUUUCAAUGAUCUAGUUCUAACUUGAGCUUUUCCAACACAUCCACCCAUGUGAGGCUUCUUCACCAUUUACAUUUAUUUCUCCUUUUUCAACCAACCUUUUUGAAAUUCCCAAAACACCAGCUGCUACAUCUGACACAAUGCAUUUCAAUUAUUUUUUACAAUAUAAUUUGGCUGUUUGUUUAUAUAUAAAAAUACAUUUCUACAUAUAUUUAAGUGUUAUUGUGUUGUGUAUAUAAUCAGUAUUAGGCAGAUGAAGCCAUGUGUAGGAUGAGGUGGCGUCAGGAUGUGGAUAAUUGAAGUCUCUGUUCGUGUGCUUUACGUUUCUGUUGGACUCGUGCCCUGUGACGGGAUGUCAGUUUACGUUUGGGCAGCCUGGAUAAACUUACAUAAAGCCCUCUUCCACAUGAGCUCUGGAAAAAACAAGGGGCCAAGUAGGGACCCGCUAUAUUUUCCCUCAAAUAUAGCGUUUGUUUAUAUGUGUAUGUUUUAGCGCUUUAAGCCCCAACCCUGAUUCUGAACUUUGCCUCACGGAGACUAAACACAUUUUGAUGGCCAGUUGUUACAGCCCUCAGCAGCAUGUCUGACCCAGGAUCAGUCGUGGCCCGGCCUCUUCAUGAUACUUUUAAUGUCGUCACAAUGUGUUUUAUAUGAUGUUAAAGGUCGUGGGGAUGGAUAGUUCUAGUGUAGGCAUAUCAGCUCAGGUCUUAACUAAUCCUUGUAGUAGCAGGCAGAACAUGACGUGGGUCAGACAUGUUUUCUGUCUCUUCUGGAUUUUUCAUGAACUGUAAUGAAAUCUUGAAACUCCCUAUGCUUGAACAGUCCAAGCACGAGGUUUGGAGGACCUUUUAUUGUUGCCUUGUUCUCUGCUGGCUAACUAAAAUCUCUUUGUACAUAAGGACUAGGGGCUUUAGAUCUUAGCUUUGAUUAAUAAGCACAAAGAAUGUAACGGACUCCAUAAACCGUCCUUCAUCAUUUACCAUGUCUCUCGAGACACGAGACUCUUUGCACUGUCACAAAUGACUGGCUAUGUUUAGAGAAUGGUAACUGAGGAGUAGCUUUACUGUACAGACUCGUAGGAGAGUGUGAUAUUCUGGAAGAAAAGAGAACGUCAUUUGUGGAUUCCCAGAUGUUUUAGAAGUCACAUCCCCAAACCUUUCCUACCCCUCUAGUCCCGUGUAGCAUCUGUCAGGGGGGCUGUUGUAGCUGCUUCUUAAACACACAUUUCGUCUACUCCAGGUCCUGCUGCAUCUCUGAGGGCUCGAGUACAGAGCCGACUGCUUUAAGUCCUCAACGUUUUCUUUAACAAUAGGAUAGAACGGUGCCUUAGAUUGAGAUUUAGUAUUUUUAUUGUAUCACAGUUAACUAAGAAAGCUUGUCCUUACCUCGGCCUCGACAAUCAGUCUCCCCACCCAGGGCGACUUUGUGAAUAUGAAUAUUUCUCUGAAAGAUUUACUAACAAAGCCCUUUCCAAGUAAGAUUUGUACUGUAAAUAUAUCUAAAAGUGUACUGAGAUGAUACAAACUGUUAAAACAAAUAAAGUCUUGCAAAAAUA